UUUCUUCCACAAGAAACUAUCACCCAAAGGGGAGAGUGUGUACAAUUUGACGGACAGCUGCCUUUCACUACAAUGUUUAGGUCAGAUUUAACUAGACCACUAUGUGGGCAGUCAGCAUGACGACUUAAAGGGACUCUCUUCACUUGGGUUAUUUGAGUCAAAGAUUUGUGCAUUACAUACUUCACACUUGAAGGAGUUAAGAAUAUUCACUUUAGUUAGAGCAAGUUGACUGGUUUUGAAGAGUGGAAAAAACAGACAGCUACCCAAGUUAUAUGAUUAGACCAGUAGAGCCAAGUGUUUCUAUUAUAUUUUGACUCUUUCUCUACAUGAUUUUAGUGUGUAGACCUACCUGGAGCAUUUCUAUUUCUUCAUUUAGGAGAGUGAGUAGAACAACAAUGUAACAGCAAUAGCGAAUUGGAUAAUUAUAUAAUUAAGAAAGCUACAAGUAUUAAUUUCUCUGAUUUUAUAGUUUACUUAGUAUAAUCUGAUUAGUGAAGUGAGUUGUGGCGUUGUGGUGCUACAGGAUUUUAUAUAUAUUAUUUAUAUCUCUUGUAUUAGGAAGAGCUGCACUGGAUUAUAUUUCUUGACUAGAAGUCUAGAACUUGUUCUUUUCAGGUUGUAGAAGUCAGAAACAUACAUAUCCAACCAUUGGGUUUGACUUGGUGGAUUUAAGACAUACGGUUUGUCCGAGGAGUGUGUACAGUAUGUAGAUGUGUGAAUGGAGGUGGUAUUAGAGAUAUGCUGGUGGUUAUAACUUAAUGUGGAGAAUGAGUGGAACAGCAGCAAAUAUUCUACUUGUUAUUAUUUGUGGAUGUUUGUGUGCUGUAUUUUGUGACAAAGAAUUAUGCCAUGACCCAAGUGACUUCAGGAGAAUUUCUUAUAAUGAUCUCAUGUCCCAAGUCAGUGUAUUCCAACAUAAUGAUAUUGAAGGCUAUGUACAGUUGACAAUAGAUGAUGAACGCAAUCAACUUCUACUUGGUGCACGGGAUUCACUGUUCCGACUUUCUCUUGAUGAUAUAUCACAGAUUGAAAUGGCCAGAUGGAUGCCAAGUGAUCCAAAAGCCUGUAUGUUUAAAGGACAAGCUAAGGAUAAUUGUCAUAAUUUUGUAAGAGUUCUUUUACUACAUGAAGACAUGGUGUUUACUUGUGGUACCAAUGCCUUCGAUCCAUUAUGUCAGUGGAGACUGGCAGACAAUUUGUCAGAAGUAAAUCAAUCUAUUGAUGGUCGCGCCAAAAGCCCAUUUAAUCCAUACCAUAAUGCGACAGCUUUAAUAACUAAAAAUGGAGAUCUAUAUACAGCAACUGUAGUUGACUUCGCAGCAACUGAUCCAUCAAUCAGUAGAAAUCUAGGACCAUCAAAACAUUUACGUACAGUUAGAUCCAACUCAAAAUGGCUGAAUGAGCCUAACUUUAUCUCAACAUACGAAAUAGAAGGCUUCAUUUAUUUUUUUUUCCGUGAAACAGCUGUGGAAUUCAUCAACUGCGGAAAAAAAAUUUAUUCAAGAGUAGCAAGAGUUUGUAAGAGUGAUAAUGGCGGUAAAUUUUUAUUGGAAGAUAACUGGACAUCAUUCCUUAAAGCCAGAAUGAAUUGUUCUAUUCCUGGUGAUUUUCCAUUUUAUUAUGAUGAAUUACAGAGUACUUAUUAUUCUGAACAAGAAGAAUUAAUAUAUGCCAUAUUUACAACACCUCCUAACAGUAUUGCAGGUUCUGCUGUGUGUGUGUAUAAUAUGACAGCUUUUCAAACAGCAUUUACAGGUUCUUUUAAAUAUCAAGAAAAUGCUAAAUCAGCAUGGAUGAAACAUGAUAAUUCCAAACCUAUGGAGAGGUGUCCAAGUCAUGGUAGUAAUAGUAAAAGAUCACCAGAGAUGGAUGGUGAACCGUUAGUUUUAGCUCAACAAUAUCAACUCAUGAAUCUAGCUGUACAACCAGUUGAUCAAGAACCAUUAAUUCAUAAUGAUAAUGAAAGAUGGACACAUAUUGUAGUAGAUCAUGUUAUUGGUAAACAAGGACUACAUGAUGUUAUAUUCCUGGCUACAGAAGAUGGUAAAAUACUCAAAAAAAUGCGUUUAAAAGAAGAUUAUAUGAACAUUACAUGUCUGAUCGAAGAAAUUAAAAUUGUUCCUAAUGGAGAGAAAAAACCUGUUAAAGCUAUGAAACUUUCCCCUGAUAAGGGUGCUCUAUAUAUUUCUACAAAUAAGAAAAUUAUUAAAAUACCUGUUAAUAGAUGUAGCCGUUUUACAGAUGAAGAUGCAUGUGUAUAUGCGAUGGAUCCGUAUUGUGGAUGGAAUAGGUUAUCAAGGACGUGUGGUCCACCACCAGAAGGCAAUCCUCAUGCUCAAAACUGGAUACAAUUUAUCAGCUCCUGCCCAAAUAUCAAAUAUCCAGUAAAUGGUAACUGGUCCACUUGGUCUGAUUGGGAUAAAUGUCAACAUGUAACUAGUGAUGGUGAGGAAUGUAUGUGUCGGUCUCGACAAUGUAAUAAUCCUAGCCCUUUCUAUGGUGGUAGACCAUGUAGUGGUCCUAGUGUUGAAGUCAGCAACUGCACAGUUCAUGGUCAGUGGACAGAAUGGUCCUCCUGGUCUAGUUGUUCACAGAGUUGUGGUUUUGCUAUAAAGCAAAGAAGCAGACAUUGUGGAAAUCCAACACCUAAAUAUGGUGGUAGACUGUGUAUGGGAGAGCAUGAAGAAGAACAGUAUUGUGAAAAUGUCCCAUCUUGUCCAGUGCCACCAGUAAAUGGUAUAUGGUCUAUGUGGUCGGGAUGGAGUCAAUGUACAGCUAAAUGUAAUGGUGGUAUACAGACUAGACGUCGUGCUUGUGAUAACCCACCACCUUCCUACGCAGGUGUCCCUUGUAUCGGUAAUCUUAAAGAUUGGAGAAUGUGUAAUUCACAUACUUGUAAAGAAUAUGCAAAGAAAACGAAAUGGACACCUUGGAUUCAAACUAACAGAACUCGAGGUGGUUAUAUAGAACAGAGAUUUAGUUUCACAUGUCGUGCAUCAGUACCCGAUGAAAACAUGAUAAAAUCAGAUUUUGCUAAAAGUCAAGCUCGUGUUUGUAUAGAUGGCAAGAAAGAGUGCUAUAAACCUAAAGAUCUGAGAUCCACCAUAUCAUCAAUGGACGCUUAUUCCGCGGUGGAUCGUGUUUUGAAAAAAUACUGUCGCUUUAGACGAAAACUAUUUAAAAAAUACUGUAGUUGUAGGACACUGGGCGUGUUUCUUGUGUGCCAAAAGUGUGGGUAUGGAUGACUAGUGCUCUCCAAGGAAUAUAUUUAUCGCAUUCUAAGGCUCUAUCUUCAACACAGACAUAGAGAACAGUAUAUGGCCAGACUAUAUAGAGAUCAAAACUAACCUCUUGUGCAAUCGGCUAGAGAAAUUAACAUUAUUAGUCCCAAAACUGAAUCAGGGUACACUCUUAUAGUAUUUUAUUUUCAUGCUUGUUCCAUUUCAAUAAUAAGUAUAGGAAUAAUAGACAUCAAAUUUCACAAUGUUGAAAACUAUGUACAAAACCCUGUGAUAAUAAAAAACCUAUAUACUAUAGAAAAGACUAGUGCUCUCUUCAUAAGAGUCCUGUAUAUAAAAUGAAUCACACCAUGCUGAUAUUAAAUGUACAUAUUUACAGAGAAAUGUGAAUCAAGGAACUGCUACAUAUAUCAUAUAUAGAUUAGAAAGGAACUGCUAUAAUUUAUUUGAUUGUAUAGUGUUUGAUGAGCUUUUGUGGACUCUUCUGCCAUCAUGAGAUCUGGAUUCUUCAUGUGAACACGAUCUGCUUAUUAUAUGGACAUUUUUUGUUAAGUGUUUUGGUUGGUAACCUAACAAGGAUCAUAUGCUCGAGAUUUGUCUGAUAUGUUGACUUUUUGACGUAAUGUUUGUCUUUGCUGGGAGUGCAAUAUAUUUCAAGGCAGUCAAAUCAAAAUGAAUGACUGUCUAGUUACACACACAAUCAAAAAUGGUGGUGUUUGAACUACCCCUAUGACCCUAGAGUAUGUAUAUAUUUGUAAAAUCCCUGCUCACAUUAGGGUGAUUAUUAUAAAUUUAUAUUAAGACAUUUCUUCUUUUCUUUUUUUGUGAUAAUUUUAUCAUGUACAUGGUUAAAAACUAGCAUAUUAAUAUAUUAUGAAAUCUAUUGUUUGUGACCAAAAAUAGCUGUUGUCUUCCUGUUGAAUUAAACUCAGUUUUAAUUCAAGAUUGAAGAUUUGAACUCAUCCAUUGCACUGAGUUGAAGUAAAAUUAGAUAUUGAAAAUCUUUACAUUAAUUUAUAGAAAUAAUGAAGAUAUUUAAGUGCUGUGACCAGUGCUUCCAUUUAUAACAUUUUUUCAGCUGUAUAUUUAUUCUUUUAAUAGAAUGGGAAUGAAAACAUAUUUCAUUAAAAAUUUUACAAUCACAAAUUUUAUCAUUUCUUAAAACUUAUAUGGCAGUGUCAUUUUUUGCCAUGGUAUUAGUUUAAUUUGACAUUUCAUAUUAAAUAAUGAUCAUUAACUGCCUCCUUAGUUCAAAAUAUAAUCAGAACCUGCAAGUAUUUCUGUUUGUUAAAUAUGCAUUAUGUAAGAGCUAAGCCUUUAUUUUGGCUUCAAAUUUUAUAAACUAUUAUUUAUUCACAUGAAAAGCCUAUAAUGGCUGAGAUUUAAAUGGAUUAGAAAACCUGCAAGAUUUAAUUUAACAAUAAAUUGGAUAAUCUUGAUUGUUAAGUACUGUUACUACGAUAAUAAACAACAAUCUACGGUACAGCUUUUCAAAACUUCAAACAGUCAUAACUGUGCUCAGAUUAAAGUCAUUUAAAUGAUAUUUACAAUAUGUUAACUUUUCAUUAUCUAUUUUUGAACUAUUAUAACAAGAACAAGCAGCUCUUUAUGUAAAUCUUGCAUAAUGCAUCUUUAACUGUUGAGAGUAUGUGUUAUAAAUUGGAAUUCAAGGAACUAUAUAAUACACUGCGGAUUUAAAAUGACAGAAAUCAUGCUUGGAAUUAAGCUAAUGCUGAGAAUUACAUGUAUUUGUAACCAUAUUGACAUCAAAAGUGAAUUACAAUCAAAUUGAAUUUAUUUAUUACAUAUUAUGAUAUAACCCAUCAAAUUCAGCCAGUAAAGAUUUAUUAAGAAUCCAUUAUCCCUUUUCUGCUUGCCUCAACUGAAAAUGCAACUAUUGCUCUUUUAAAAUAGCAUGUAAAUUUGUAAUCUUUUCAUGUCCCUGGCAUAUAGUAGACCUUGCAAUGAAAUAAAUUGUUGUUUCUGUUGAAUAUUUUAUAUAAAAAAUGAUGAGUCAAGUAAGUCAUCACCAUAUACAA